GAGCUGAAGCAGGCCAUUGACCAGAUCGCUGGAGGCUUCUUCAGUCCUGAGCAGCCUGACCUCUUUAAGGACAUUGUUCACAUGCUUAUGCAUAAUGACCGUUUCAAGGUAUUUGCAGACUAUGAAGACUACAUCAGGUACCAGGAGAAAGUUAGCGCUCUGUACAAGAACACCAGAGAAUGGACCAAGAAGGUAAUCUACAACAUAGCUGGCUGUGGGAAGUUCUCCAGCGACCGGACCAUUGCUCAAUAUGCCCGCGAAAUCUGGGGAGUGGAACCAAGUUUUGCCAAGAUUGCUCCCCCAGAUGAGCCCAACUAAACACUACCCAGACCCAACAUCUACAAUUAAGGAGUAGUAAGAAAAUGUGGGCCUUUAGGCUUGUUUUAAUUAUGCUUAAUAUUGUAUUUCAGCAUUAGAUUUGUGAAGUUAGUGAUCCCACUCUUGCUAACUGGUUCCCAAAAUUUAUCUUUUACCAGUUUUAACCUUUCAUGCAGUAACUAAAGUUUUGAGCUUUUUUAAAAAAAAAAAGUGAAGAAUUACACAAUAGGCAGUCCCUUAUGCUUUUGUACAGCUAGAGUAAGCUGUUUUGUCUUAGUGCUAUGUUCAGAUAAGAUGUCAAAGCCCAUAUUCACAAAAAAAAGUACACUGUGAAACCAGAGGGAGGCCCUUACAGAAACAGAGCCUGGUUGUACAUCGGCAACAAACUAACCUUAGAACUACACCUGCAAAUGAGGGAAGGAGGAGAAAAGGGGGGG